AUGUCAAAAAGAUUACUGCUGGUAUCCUGGGCAAUGACAUGGGAAAAGAGUGCCGUCUAUGCUCUCACACCUACCAUCACAAGCAUGUUCCAAGCCAAUAAUAUAUCUGGCGUCCUCACCACAGUGCUCAGCAUCUUGCAAACUGUAUUACAGCCCAUGUAUUCCAAGCUAUCCGAUAUGACAGGUCGUGCUGAAGCCUAUACCAUUUCCAUUGUGUUCUUCAUGGUGUCUUUUAUUAUCAUGGCAUGCGCUCAAAAUUACAACACGCUUAUAGGCGGACAAGUGAUGUAUGCAUUCGGUUUCUCGGGAACUUUGGUUUUAGGACCAAUUCUUAUUGGUGGUAAGAUGGCAAUGCUGAUCCUUUACUGUGUGAUUCACUAUGAUGUCUACGUAGAUAUGACAGAUAUUGUCAAUCGGUCCAUGUUUCUAGCCCUGUACAACUUUCCAACCAUCAUCAAUCUGUUUGCUGCAAGUGCUGCUGCUCAAAAGAUCCUUGAAACCAAUUGGAGAUGGGGGUACGCCCAUGUUUGUAUUGUUAUGUUUGUCACUAGCGCACCUCUGAUUUUUGGCUUAUGGCGUAUACAGAGAAAGGCGAAACAAACCAAUCUUCUCAAGACAUCCAAUGCACUGCCAAAAAGCACAUACCAAAGGACAUUGGCUGGCAAAGUACUGUGGCUCUGUAUCGAAAUUGACCUUGUUGGAAGCAUUCUCUUGACUGCUGGUUUGUUCUUGAUUCUAUUACCUUUAAUUCUCGCUAACAAUUGGGGUGGAUGGGGCUCUUCAAUUACAAUUGGCACUCUCUGUGCUGGUGGCGGUACCUGGAUCCUCUUCGUUAUCUGGGAAAAGAUGUGUGCUGCAAAACCCAUCAUUCCACUCACAAGCUGGGAAUCCAAGAAUCCUGCAUGGGGUGUUUUGGUGGUGUUUCUGAUUGCCAUUAUUAACAAUAUGAUGGACUUUCAGUACUUUUUGACAUAUCUCCAAGUGACACGUCGAUUAACAUCGCAACAUGCAACCUACUUGGAACGCGGAUUCAAUGUAACCUAUGUAUGCUUGCCCUUGGUAAUUGGGUACAUGAUGAAACACACUCGUCGAUGGCGACCGUAUGUCUGGAUUGGUGCUUCUUUUGCAGUGCUCGGCCCUGGUCUGAUGAUCCCCGCUAGAAACUCACACUCGCACGAUGCUUUCAUUGUCAUCUCCCAAGUGAUCUUUGGCGCUGCCACUGCAUUUAUCAAUUAUCCUAUUCUUGUGGGCAUUCAGGCUUCUGUGCCUCCAACAGACAUUGCCAUUGUCAUUGCUCUCUACGAAGUGGGUACAUCGGUUGCUGCCAGUAUUGGCACGACUAUCGCUGGGUCUGUUUGGAACUCGAUACUUCCUGGAUUGUUUAAAAAGCAUGUUCCUGGAAACUACCAAUAUGCUAAAAUUGUCCAAAGCAUUUCAUAUGCGCUUGCUCUUCCUGAAGAACAAUACCAGGGUGUUGUUGUAGCUUACGAUGUUGCUAUGCGUUUAUUAGGUAUCAUUGCGGUUUGUAUAGGUGCACUGAGCUUUUUAGCAUCCAUUCCUCUAAAGGGAUUUUUACUCGUGAAUGAAAAGGGUCAUGAAUCUUCAUCUCAAGAGGAUGUGAAUGUCAAAACUUUAGGUGAGGAAUCUGUGGAUGAAGAAAUUGUCAUUAGCCAUACCUCUGAAAUGCCCGACAAAAUACCGUCUUAG